CCGCUGCGCCUAUCAUGAAUCCCUUCGAUCUUCCCGAUGCCACUUAUCAACCACCACCACCGGCUUAUAGUGAACAAGAGUUUGAUCAGAAGGUCUCGACGGCAUUGAGCCUUUCUCGUGAAGCUCACGGCAACGUUCGACCUGCUGCUGAUGAUGAUGAAUGGGAACCAUACGAUCCUGCGGCAUUCGAAGCUGCAGCAGCCGCCUAUGAGUCUAAGCAAAAGAAACAGGCGAUUGAAGCUACCCCGCAGCAGCUGGCUGGCCCAUCUGCUGCACCAACGUUUUCGUCGCAACACCAUCCACAGGCUUCUUCCUCGUCCCAACCCGCUCCGACUCAACCAUUGCGAAUCCAUAAAAAAAAUGGUCCAUCACAGGAUCUGAAGGCGACACCAGAGAAGAAGAACGAACCAAAGUGGAUAGCCAGUGAGCAGCCAACUACUUCAGCUUCGUCAAAUCCAUCGAAUCAGCCCUACAACCCAUACGAUGGUGACGAUAUUGCACCCCCACCGUUUAUGGAGACAGCGCCCGAAAUAUCCUUGCACCCCCAAUCCAAUGGCGAAGAAUUCGAUCCAUACACACUAUUUCCUUCUUCCCCGUCCCCAUCCAGUAUUCAGCGCCCCCCAUCGAGGCCACGGCCUGACGUUACGGCUAUAGCAAACGAGUGCAAUGCAACGUCAGCACACCAAUACAACCGUUCAACUUUCACUGCGUCUGGUCCGCCGAGCGCUUACCGACAAUCGAUGCCUGCUUCACCCACCACUCCUCCAGCACACAGAGAACACCGACCACACAGUGAAAUCUCACCGCGAACAACCGCCAAUUCGACCCACUUCAUGGCUCAGUCGCCUGACGAUCCAAAUCGUGCCACGCAGCAGCCUCGGACGUUCUCUUCUUCAGGCUCGUUCCUGAAUUUCAAUCCAUCGAUCGCGUAUGGAAAGAGUCCGCCACGGCAACCCCAAUUCACCCCAAUGCAAGGGCCGCAAGAGACCCCAGUCUUUUCUGCGGCAGCCUUCUACAAUGCGGCUGUUUCCGCUCACAUGCAAUACACCCCUCGAACAUCAGGCAGGGCCACAGGAGGCAUUGUACCUACUACGGCCGCAUCCUAUGGCCCCCUGCCAGGAUCGAACCACAUAUCACCUCAGCCCCUUUCUAACGGACGGAUAAACGGAUGGUCCUCUUCUAACCGCCCAAUGUCCGUGGUCUCAAUGGAAAGCUAUUACAGCGACCAGAAUGACGCGCAACUAGGACAAUACUGCAUGAAUUCUAUACCACCAUCUGUGAACAAUAAUUGGCAGCAUUACCAACGAUAA